AUGAUGUUCCGAGACCAGGUGGGCAUCCUAGCUGGCUGGUUCAAGGGCUGGAAUGAAUGUGAGCAGACAGUGGCCCUGCUGUCACUUCUGAAGCGGGUCACCCGCACCCAGGCCCGCUUCCUGCAGCUCUGCCUGGAGCACUCACUGGCGGACUGUAAUGACAUCCAUCUGCUGGAGUCGGAGGCCAACAGUGCUGCCAUCGUCAGCCAGUGGCAGCAGGAAUCCAAAGAGAAGGUGGUGUCCCUACUGCUGUCCCACCUGCCCCUGCUUCAGCCAGGCAACACAGAGGCCAAGUCAGAGUACAUGAGGCUGCUGCAGAAAGUGUUAGCCUACUCAAUUGAGAGCAAUGCCUUCAUUGAGGAGAGCCGUCAACUGCUCUCCUAUGCCCUCAUCCACCCAGCCACCACAUUGGAAGACCGCAAUGCGCUUGCCCUCUGGCUGAGCCACCUGGAAGAGCGGCUGGCUAGUGGCUUCCGCACCCGGCCUGAGCCCACCUACCACUCACGCCAGGGCUCAGAUGAGUGGGGGGGUCCUGCAGAGCUGGGCCCUGGGGAAGCAGGGCCAGGCUGGCAGGACAAGCCACCCCGGGAAAAUGGACAUGUGCCCUUCCACCCAUCCAGCUCAGUCCCACCAGCUAUCAACAGUAUUGGGAGCAACGCAAAUCCAGGCCUCCCCUGCCAAAUCCACCCAAGCCCACUGAAGCGCUCCAUGUCACUCAUCCCCACGAGCCCCCAGGCCCCUGGUGAGUGGCCAAGUCCAGAGGAGCUCGGGGCCCGCGCUGCUUUCACCACGCCCGACCACGCACCCCUCUCGCCUCAGAGCAGUGUGGCCUCCUCUGGCAGUGAGCAGACAGAGGAGCAAGGCUCCAGCCGGAACACUUUCCAGGAGGACGGCAGUGGCAUGAAAGAUGUGCCCUCAUGGCUUAAGAGCCUCCGCUUGCACAAGUAUGCAGCCCUCUUCUCACAAAUGAGCUAUGAGGAGAUGAUGACACUGACCGAGCAGCACCUGGAGUCUCAGAAUGUCACCAAAGGUGCCCGCCACAAGAUAGCCCUAAGCAUCCAGAAGCUGCGUGAGAGACAGAGCGUUCUCAAGUCCCUGGAGAAGGAUGUGCUGGAAGGUGGGAAUCUGAGGAACGCUUUGCAGGAGCUGCAGCAGAUCAUCAUUACCCCCAUCAAGGCCUACUGUGUCCUCCAGGCCACUGUGGCUGCUGCCUCCGCCCCUGCUGCCAAGGACGGGGGCCGGAGGGAGCCACCACUGCCAGGUGCUGAGCCUCCCCUGGCUCACUCCGGCACAGACAAGGGCACUGAGUCCAAGGACUCUCCAGCUGCAGAGAGCUACCCACCUCCACCAGCUCCGGCUCCCACUGAUGGCAGUGAGCCAGCUCCGGCUCCUGUUGCCGAUGGAGACAUCCCCAGCCAGUUUACACGGGUGAUGGGCAAAGUGUGCACCCAACUGCUGGUGUCCCGACCGGACGAGGAGAACAUCACCAGUUACCUCCAGCUCAUCGAAAAGUGCCUGACUCAUGAGGCUUUCACGGAGACGCAGAAGAAGCGGCUGCUGUCUUGGAAACAGCAAGUGCUGAAGCUCCUCCGGACCUUCCCACGCAAGGCCGCACUAGAGAUGCAGAACUACCGACAGCAGAAAGGCUGGGCUUUUGGCUCCAAUUCACUCCCCAUAGCUGGCUCUGUGGGGAUGGGGAUGGCCCGGCGGACCCAGCGGCAGUUCCCAAUGCCUCCCCGGGCCCUCCCGCCUGGCAGGAUGGGCCUUCUGAGCCCCUCAGGCAUUGGGGGCAUCUCCCAACGACAUGCCCUCACCAGCCCCAGCCUUGGGGGCCAGGGCCGACAGAACUUGUGGUUCGCCAACCCUGGAGGCAGUAACAGCAUGCCCAGUCAGAGCCGCAGCUCCGUUCAGCGCACCCAUUCGCUCCCAGUCCACUCAUCGCCCCAGGCCAUUCUCAUGUUCCCUCCAGAUUGCCCAGUUCCUGGGCCUGACCUGGAGAUCAAUCCCACUCUGGAGUCUCUGUGUUUGAGCAUGACAGAACACGCCUUGGGUGAUGGGACAGACAAAACCUCCACCAUCUGACGGGACCCACAGCCCAGCGCACCCAUAGGCUCCCUGGGCGGCGGGCGGGGGCCAACCCCCAACAGGCUUCUCCGCGACAGUGAGAGGGUGGGCUGGCUCAGCUAUACAUUCUAAUAUUUUUCUACUCUCUCACCCUUUUAACUUUUGUUUAACAUUGGCACAUGCCUUUCUCACUCCCAGGCCCAUGGAGGGAUCUCUGCUGAGGCCCAGGGAGGUAGAGGCAGCCAGGAUAAAGGGAGCAGGGACUGGCUAGCCUGCCUGCUCCCUCCUUCCCUCCCUCAUCCCCACCUGGCCCCAUCUCUCCCUGGCCACACCGCUGGCCACCUGCCCCUCCCAAGGGAGCAGCCUUCCCACCAUCUGUGGGCCCUGCUCAGAACCAUCUGACAUUUGGGGAGAGACAAGCAGGGUAAAUAACCUGCUCUCCUGAAUGUUAUUUGAGAGGAGCUGAGAAGAAGGUGGUGGUGGGUAAGGAGAGCAGCCGCUCUUUUUCCUCGCCAUCUUCCUUCCUAUUUCUAUCAUUCCCUGAGGACAGGAGUCACCCUCCUCUCACCUCCUUUUCCCCAUUUAUCAGAGGUUCUCUACAAUUAAUUUCUUAGGCCUAUUUAAGAUACAUAUUUAUAUAGUUCUUAACGGUUUUUCUUUCUCAUCAUUCCCUCUCAUUUUUGGAAUCCCCAGGCCUCCCUCUGAGCCAAGAAGGUGGUAGGGGGAGCCUGAAUUUUAUGAGGGGAGAGGGCAGAGCCCCCUCCUCCAGACUCCCUAGCCCUCCCCAGCUCCCCCGAGCCCUGGCUCCGCAGAUGCAGAGGUUGAAGGUGGGAGCCAGGGCAGCCUGUGAGGUCAGAAAGUCUGUUGCCUUAACGUCCCCUUCCCCCACACAUCCUCCACUCCCAGGUCUAGUCACCAGAAGACUUGGGGGUAAGGAAUAGGGAAAGGGGAUUGUUUGGUUUUGGGUUUCUUCCCCCCACCCACUUUUCUUUCAACCUUCCCCUACCGCAGCGCCUGCCCCGCCCUCCCAAUUCUGUCAUGACCUCACUUAAGUGGAACACUAUAUCAUAACCGAGAUUCGUCCCAACCACAAGAGUGAUACAGACCCUCUGGUCUCUGUUUCUACUGAGGGGUUGUGCUGGGGCCCAAGUGGAGGGAAGGAAUUGGGGGUUCAGGUUGUGUGGGGGGGAGCCAGGGUUCCCUAUUCCAGCCCCCUCUUCCCCUCAACACACCACCACCACCACACUGGGACAUUCUCGAGCUUUUCACACCGAAAAGGAAAAAAAAUGUUAUUUUUAGAUACAUUUUAUGAAUAACUUUUGUUAUGAAUAUGGCUGGUAACCAUUGUGUAUGUUAUUAAAGAUACAAAAUGUUGGGAAAAAAAAAACCAAAAAAAAUUUUAA